AUGGCUUCAGCGUGCAUCGACAAGUGCGUGAAGGACACGCGAGACCCGCGGGUUCGGCCGGUUCGGGCCACCUACGUGAACUUAUACAAGUGGCCGGAAUCCGACGCCGAGUUCAUAAAGUCCGUCCGGCGCGUGAGCCAGGGCGUACAGCACCAGCCGCCGAGGGUGGUGGACAGUAUCUCCUGCAGGCAGAUGUAUCUCAGGAGCUACACUUUCUCCCGCAAGGAAACCGUCCCGGAGAAGACCCGCAGGUGCUUCGGCAGGGUCAAGGACAAGGUCGGCCGCCGGAAGGGGACCGAGGGCGGCGCCGGCGGCGGCCGACGAAAGGGCAGGAAGUGUUUGGUUCUGAGGAAAGUGAAGGAGGUGUCCUGCCGGACGUUUUACAGGAUCUUCCACAGGUUGUUGUCUUGUGCUGCUAGCGUAGAUGUUGUGGAUCACAAAGAUUGA